CUGAACCCCAAUCCUCCUACCCUAAACCUAACCUUCAGCCCUUGCCCCAAACCCUAACCUGAACCCUAACCCUUAACCCCAACCCAACUCCCUAACUCUGAAGUCUAACCCCCUAUUCAGAACCCAGACCUCAACCUGAACCCUAACUCUAACCCCCAAUCCUAAACUCUAACCCCCAAACCCUAAAGCCUAACCCGUAACCAUAACUCCCCCAAACCCCAAUCCUUCUCCUAACCCCGGACGCUAAUGCCUAACCCCGACCCUAGCCCUAACCUCUAACCUGAACCCUAAGUAUUAAGGCUAACCUAAACCCUAACCCCCAAACCUUAAACCCAGACCUGAACCUUAACCCCCAACCCAAAGAGACCUCCAUGAUGUCCUUGAUCUAGCUCCAUCAUCCUCUGUCAUCAUCCUGACCGAUCCAGCACUGGCAUGGAAGUAGGGGUCUCCAACGCUCCUCCAGAGGUUCCACCUUCCCCCGGGAUUCCACAGGUCCGAGGAAGGAGGGAAAGACGCGGGAGGGAGGAGUUAGCAAGCUCCAGUUCCUUGUGGAUCCCCGCCGCCCUGACAUCGUCCCUCUGCUCGGCGGCGCCGGUCCUCGGUCCCGCUGCCGGUCCACGGUCCCGCUGCCGGUCUUCGGUCCCGCUGCCCCUUUUUGUCUGCUUUGUCUGCCUCGCGCGCUCACACGCACGCUCGUGCGGGCGCGGGAAUCGGCGAGCUGAUGGACACGGCGAGAAGGACGCUCCGUCCCACGUAGAAGAAGAAGGAGUAGAAGGGGAAGAAGAAGAAGAAGAAGGGGGAGAAGCAGAAGAAGAAGAAGAAGAAGAAGAAGAAGAAGAAGAAGAAGAAGAAGAAUUUCCCUGGUCGGUGUUGGAUUGGAGAGCGACGUCCUGACAAAAAGAAAGAAGAAAAUCCCCCAAAGAGGAGGAAAGGAUCGCGCACCUCUAUGCGCGCGCACGAGCGUGGCCCCGCAUCGUGGUUCCACCUGGGCACGCGCGUGAACGCCCCCCCACCCCCUCGGCAGCAUGCCACGCAGGAAGCAGCAGGCGCCUCGACGGGCUGCAGUGUACAUGCCCGACGACAAAGACGGCGCUCUUCAGGACGGCGUCGCGGAGGAAGACGACGAGGGCGACGCCCUGACGGAGGAGGAACGCUCGGAGAAGACCAGCCCCAAAGUGUCGGAGGACCGGGAUCCGGACAACAGGAGCAGCAACAGCUACAGCGACCAGAACUCUCCCGCCAGCCUCCUGUCCAACCGGGAGGCGGAGCUGGAGGCGGAGCUGGAGUCGCACCUGAGCGACGCCUGCGACAGACUGGCCGACUUCAAGAACUCGGAGGGUUUUCCGUCCAAGGACGAGACGGGGAGCAGCUUGCAGAAAAUGCGCGCGGCGUACGCUAACUUCCUCUCGGACUCCUACUGGGCGGCGGCGGGGGCGGAGUUGAAGGCGGGCAAAACCAGCAGCAAAGCCAAGUGCGACAGCACCGACGGUGGCACCAAGAGUGACUUCGACUGGCACCAGGACGCGCUGUCCAAGACCCUGCAGCAGACGCCGUCCCCCAAGCCGGCGUCCAAACCCAACCUCUUCAGUUCGGUGCACCUGUACCGGCAGAGCAGCCGAGCCGGCGGCGCCGCCUUCACAGGCGCCAGCCGCUUCCGCUGCAAAGACUGCAGCGCCGCGUACGACACCCUGGUGGAGCUGACCGUGCACAUGAACAAGAGCGGCCAUUACCAGGACAACAACCUCAGCAAGGACAACGCUUCCUCCGCCUCCUCGUCCAAGUCCAGGAAACGGAGCCUGCAGGACCUGGACGGGAAGGAGGACGCCCAGAAGGUCCUGAAGUGCAUGUUCUGCGGCCAUUCCUUCGACUCGCUCCAGGACCUGAGCGUCCACAUGAUCAAAACCAAGCAUUACCAAAAAGUGCCUUUGAAAGAGCCGAUCCCGGUCAUGGCCCCAAAACUGCUGGCGCCGGCAAAGCGGCGCCCCUUGGAGAGCGCCCGGCCAUGCUCCCCGGACUCCACGACCGGGGCGUCUGGGUGCGGAGGCGAUGCCCAGCGAGCCAGCCCUGCGGCGAACCCCAGCAAUAACCGCUACGGCUACCAGAACGGCGCCAGUUACACCUGGCAGUUUGAGACCUGCAAGUCCCAGAUCCUGAAGUGCAUGGAGUGCGGCAGCUCCCAUGAUACCUUGCAGCAGCUCACCACGCACAUGAUGGUCACCGGACAUUUCCUCAAGGUCACCAACUCCGCUUCCAAGAAGGGGAAGCAGCUGGCGCUCGACCCCUUGGCGGUGGAGAAGAUCCAAGGCUUAGCCGAGGCGCCGUCUGAAACGGCCGGAGACAAGAACGUUUCCCCUGGAGGCAGCGAGAGGGACGGCGAGGACGGCGAGAGGGACGGCCAGGACGGCGAGGACGGCGAGGACCAAAGGGAAGCCAAGGAGGAAAAGGCAGGACACCUGAAGUACCCUUAUCUCCGUGAGGAGGAUCUGGAGCAGGACUCGGCCGGAGGUGGGGACAUCCUCAAGUCUUUGGCCAAUACGGUGGCGUCGGCCAUCAAUAAAGCUCAAACGGGAACGCCCAGCUGGAGCGCCUACCCGAGCAUCCACGCCGCCUAUCAGCUCUCGGGCAUCAUCAAAAGCGUCCCCAUGUCGGCCGCCGUGUCGCCUCCGUUUCAUCAAAAGCUGCCGCGGCCGAUCGCCCCCAAGGGGAGGGCCCCCGACCCGAUGGGCGCCGAGGGCCCCCCGGCGCCGCACAAAGACGGCGACAUCAAACAGGACGUGACGGCUGACGCUAAAGACGGCGAGAGCGCCGAGCUCGAUCUGAUGGAGACGGACGACAGCGACUGUCAGGAUGAUGGCUCCUUCUCUUCAAAGGCCGACGCCAACGCAGGGAACGACGGCGGCCAGGAGAUCAAAGCAAAGAUGAGCCCGGAUUUCUCCCAUGCGGCGGAUGUCCUCGCCGUCAACCCUCUCAGCGCCCUGCAGUCCGUCUUGAACAAUCACCUCGGCAAAGCCAGGAACGCCAAACACAAAACAUCUUCUCACGGCCGAUCCGUGUUUGCUCACGCGACGCAAAAGCCGACGCUAACGCCGACGCUAACGCCGGCCCAUCCUGCGAGGAAUAAGCCCAAGACCGGCCUUCCCUCGACGGGGGACGACCAGCCGAUAGACCUGACCAAGUCCAAACACGGCAAGCCGAGGUCGCCGCGCAAGUACGCCCUGUCCGACAUCGCCGACAUGGUCAAGGUUCUCCCCAAAGCCACCACGCCCAGGCCCCCCGCGGCCCCCGGGCUCCCUGCCCUGAAACUGGAGUCCGACGUCAGGCGCUUCGAGGACGUGUCGGCCGAGGUCUACUCGGUCCACAAGCGCAAGGGGCGCCAGUCCAACUGGAAUCCUCGCCACCUCCUCAUCCUGCAGGCGCAGUUCGCCUCCAGCCUCUUCCUCACCUCGGAGGGCAAGUACCUGCUGUCCGACCUGGGCCCUCAGGAGCGCACGCACAUCUCCAAGUUCACGGGACUCUCCAUGACCACCAUCAGCCACUGGCUGGCCAACGUCAAGUACCAGCUGCGCAAAAGCGGCGGCACCAAGUUCCUGAAGAACAUGGACACGGGCCGCCCCGUCUUCUACUGCAACGACUGCGCUUCCCAGUUCAGGCUUCCGGCCGCCUUCAUCUCCCACCUGGAGUCCCACCUGGGCUUCCGGAUCAGAGACAUGUGCAAGAUGGCCGUGGAGCGCCGCGCCGAGGCGGACGAGGCCCGGCUCCCCAAGGUGGCGGGCCCCGUCCGGCCGUGCGAGACGCCGCUCCCCGACGAGGAUGGCGACGCCAAGUUCAAAUGCAAGCUGUGCUGUCGGACGUUCGCCAGCAAUCACGCCGUCAAGCUCCACCUGAGCAAGACGCACAGCAAGUCGCCCGACAACCACUCGCAGUACGUGGACACGGACAAGGACUAGUCGGGGUUCGCUUCCGGCUUACGAGGGUCGGACAUGUUUUCCCCGGUCGGCGUUGCGUAGUCCGCGCCGCCGCCGCUUUCGAGGGACGCUGGUCGGGAGACUAGGAGAAACUCCCACGCUGACGUUUGCAUGAGUAGCCACGCCGUGACCACUAUUAUUUAUUAUUUGAGCAUACUUCCUCAAUGCUACUUCAACGGCCACAUGGUGGGAGUAUUUGGAAUAGAAAUAUUUGGAGUAUACUGCAUCCCAUAUAGGAUUUAUUUCCCAGAUGUUUCCAGACGCAAAAAAAGCACUUUAGCCAAUCUUUCAUCACAAAUUAGGAGCAAAACGAUUUCACGUCAAAGGAAGGACGAAACCCACGCAGCCAACCUGUGGUCCCCGCCCCUUUUUUACGUCCCCAAAUAAAGACCCGACCUUUCAUAAUCAUCUCUUUGACCUUUGAUUGAUUGAUUGAUUGAUGACUUCCUUCUUUAAAGCGGACAUGAUGCUGCCAUACGUCGUCAUGGACGCCCCAGGACAUACAUAAACAUAUCAAACAUAUUCAUAUUCAUAUUUGUCUCAUAGUGAACUUAUUAUAUCACAUGUCAUGUAUGAUACAAUAUUACACAAAUACAGAAAAUAUAUUCAUAUA